AGGUCAAUUUACUGGGUUCGCCAUUGUACAUAGCGUCAGACGAUAGACGAGGCUUGUGUUAAUUUCUGGAGUUAUUUUACACUUUUCCCACUUCUGAAAAUGGCUAAAGUUUUAGGUGUCGCCGUUGAUGGCAGCGAUAUCGCCCAGGCUGCUUUUAAUUAUGCUAUAGAUAGCCUGUACAAGCCGGGGGACACCGUGGUGGUUAUCCAUGUGGCUGAGUAUAACAUCAGCAUUCCGGCAGUUGGUUCAUCGGAUGUUGAGAAGUUGUGUCAAGAAAUGAAAAGACGUGAUGACGAGAUUGGUUCCUUGACAGCCACUUACACACAAGUGUUGAGAGAGAAGGGAAUAAGUGGCAAGACUUUGAGACCAACUGGAGGCAAACCUGGAGAGGUGAUUGUGAAAACAUGCAAGGAAGAGGAUAUUACGCAUAUUGUCAUGGGAACAAGAGGUCUUGGGGCAUUUCAAAGAGCUUUCUUGGGUAGUGUCAGCCAGUUUGUCUUAAACCACACUUCUAUUCCUGUAACUAUCAUACCUAAGAAGGCUUGAGCAAUAGAUUGAAUGAAGGGUAUCAUUGAGGAUAUCUCUAGUUUUGAACAUUUUUUUGAAAAUUAAAAGCAGAUUUUUAGAGGGAAAAUUGAAUUAUAAUAUCAGAGAUUUGUUACUGGUGUUGAGAGGUUUAGUGGUUACAGGUUAAGGAUUAUGAAACAUUUGAUUUCGUGUCUCUCGACAUGGAUCAUGGAAAAUGUGUGUGGUAUAGAUCCAAAUAGUCCACUAAUCAAUUCGGGCUGGUGGUUUAUGUAAUAUAAAUUGAUUUUGAGAUGCCGUUUCCCUAGUAUCAGACAAAUUGGCUAGUGGCAAUGUCUAUUGCUGUAGAUGUGAUAUCAUGAUAAUACUGUAGGAUAAUCAUGGACUUUCUUUUAGCAUUGCUUUGUAAACAAAAUUGUGACUCUAUUUUUUUAUAUGCUACCUUAACUACUACUUAACUUAAAUCAGAUUGAAAGCAGUUACAGUGAUCCCUCGUUACAACGCCACCUUCGGGGUCCAAAUAAUUGAUGAGCGUUAUAGAUUAUCAGCAGUUUAACAAAGGUUGAGUCAUAGGUGGUAGAUGACCAACAAAACAGUAUACAUGCUCUGCCUACCUUACACGAUCUACGUUGCACGUUUCAGAGUUUCAAAAAAGAUUAGAAUAGACGUUAUGCAUUGGGAAUGAAUCCCUGCCAUAUUUCAAGUUUUCCUUUUUAAUCUUGCUUUAGCCAACACAAACAUUUGUUUGUAAUUUAAUACCCACUUUGUUAUGGCUAAAUUUGUUGUUAGAAACUAAUGCUCAGAGAUGUAUGACUUGGGUCAACAUGACCCGACAGUGAUUUUCAGUGUAAUCGGAUUUAUCAGUACAGAUAGAUAGCAAGUACUGGAGCAGUAUUCAAGAUUCUUGUUUGUUUACCCAUUGCCAUGGUAACAUGAAAAAAGAUCAUGUGAAACAAAUCUUUAGAUCUAGAGAGCAAAAACUGUGAAUUCUAUUCAAGACAAGUACUUGAUCUGAUUCUGGUAAGACCACUCGUGCACCUACAGAAAAGUUGUGUAUGUUCAUAUUCAUGUAAUACUCUGGCACUUUUGUCAAAUCUUGUUACCAUGGCAGUAGGAAUUAUUGUUAAGUUUUUGUUCAUAUUUUUGCCUUUAAUGUCUUGUUUAGCAGUUCAUGCAUUUUUAACUAGAGGAGAGCAUUUUUAUUGGUAUGCAGGCAAUUUAUGCAAUUGUUUACACAAGCCUUUAUGUUCAUUCUUGCUCACUACAACAUCAGAAAAGUGCAAAUAAUUUUCAUUUCACAUGAAAUAUUCACUAUUUGCAUUAACAUGAACAUGAUGAAUAACCACCUUAGGCUAUAGGUACUGAUUAGAGAAUGCUUAUUUAUCAUAAGGUGUCUAACAUUCCACUCAUUAGUAUGAGAUUACUGCAUAAUAUCAGUAUUUCUAGUUAAUUUACAAUCUAAGAGUCCAUGUUUUUGAGUCCGUUGCCAGAAAGGACUUUCAUGCAGAUUUUACACAAUGUACUUUCAUAUUACUGAUGUGUUCAUAAUGAUUUUGUCAUAGAGAUACUAUUUUAUUUCUCAGGAGGCCACACGUUAAUUUUACUUAUAUUUUGUGUGAAAUAUUCAUUCCUUGUCAUGGUGUUAGACAUAUUUCACUGCACUGAACAUCAAAAAGUGUCUUUUCCAAACAAAGUUAUAAUCAUAUCAAAAACCUGAAUACCCUCCCUACAAGAGAAUGAUUGCCAACCCUGUGGAAAAUGCAAGACUAAUAUUACUAAGGCUAAACAAUGUUGGACACAUUAUCGGUCAUUCUUUCUUGUGAGUGGUUCUUAGCAAGUGGUUACCAUAGUGAUCUGUUUUACAAACCUAUAUAUAUAUGAUAAAUAUAUAUCCUUUUCAUAAGAAAAUGCCAAUAAAUGCAUCGUAUAUUGCAACCUGCCACUAGUGUCUUAAACAAGGUUACCUUUUUCCUAUCAUAAUAGAUUGUAUGUUAUCAAAGCUAUUAAUGUCAUGGACUAUAUCAUAUCAUCUCUUCAAGGAUGGAUGCUAUGCUUCUCUACCUACACCCUGUACAAAUUGUUAGCAAUGAUUGUCACAUUUGUAUUCAUGUAGCAUUUAAUAAAUUUUCACCGCAA